AUGCACAUCAGCCAGCUCUACACAUACCCCAUCAAAUCCCUCCGCGGUGUCUCCCUAUCAGAAGCAACCCUCACCCGGACAGGAUUCCAAUAUGACAGGCGCUUCAUGCUCCUCAAGGUCAUUCCCGGGGAAAAUGGCACCUACACGCUCAAGAACAUGCACGUCCCCCAUUUCCCCGAAAUGGCUCUCUUUACGACAGACAUCAUCUACCCAGAUGAAGAGAACGACAUACCAGGCCGGAUCAUCGUGACGUACCAUCCACCAGCGGACAAUCAUCGCAAUAAUAAAGACAAGGCCACGAAAACGCUCGAGAUCCCCUUGCAGCCGGAUAUUCGAGGCCUCCGACGAUUAAGCAUCGAGAUGCACCAGAGCCCCACGACGGGGUACGACAUGGGCGAUCCGUACAACGCGUGGUUCAGCGAGCGGUUCGGGUACGGCGUGGUACUAGCCUACCUGGGCCCGCAUUCGCGGCGGGUCCUGGGCAGUUUCGCGCCGGGGAAGAGCCCCGCUCACGCGGUGGACAAGCCGGUGGUUUCGACAAGGUCGCUGGUGGGCCUGGCGGUGUUGACGCUCGUGCUGAAUGGUGUGCGUGUUUCGGCUGGAACUUCGGGGACGAUGCAGCCCACAAGGGACGAGCUGCUGAGGCAUUGGCCGGGUGUUGCUGCGACGGUUGUCGCGGGGUUGCUGUCGUGGGUAUUAUUGCGAUGUUUAUCGACAGCCAAAGAGGACGAGUCGAUUACGUUUGCGGAUACGGCGCCGUACCUGCUUACGUCUGAGACGUCGGUGGAUGAGCUAUCUGCGCGCUUCGAGGGAGACGAGCGCAUGGAUGAGGACUUUUGGGCUGAGUUGAGGGUCGGACAAGGCAGUAGUGCGGCGAGGUUGCUGCUCACGGCGAAUUGUGUACGGUGUCAGAGUAUUAAUGUUGACUAUGCGACUGGGAGGAUGGGGACGGGUGAGGCGGGGAGUGCUCUGAAGAAGUUGAUGAAGGAUCGGAGGGUGGAUAAGGGGGCGAAGUAUAGUCCUGUCUUUGGGCGAUAUGUCUUCUUGGAUCCUGGAUCGGACAAGGUGAUGGUUCGAGUGGGAGAUGAGGUGGACGUCCUGAGGACGAUGAAAGAGAGGACGGUUUACGAUUGGCCGGGGUUGACGAAUUGA